CGAAACGGUCACCAUUUUGUAAAGUGUGCAAAGUUCACUGGUAGUUGAGUGAUCCUUGAUAGGUCAAUGAAAAAGAAGAAAACUCCGUGCCGCCGAAACUCUGAAAAACGAUAGCAUGAAUUGACAAGUAGUGAAGCAGCAUAUUUGAUUCUAGUCAUGCGUGAAUUCAAGAGUUCAGACCACUACAGUGCCACCAACGCAGUAGAUCAACUUUUGUGACCCGAUCCCUGCUGGAAUGCUGCCCCGACCUUACCCCUCCUUGUGUCCUAAAGUUGAUGUUGAGGGCCGAUUUGUUCCGGUGUCUCCCGAGAUGACAUCGGUCGUUCGAAGCAUUAAAUCUUCCAGUGCAUUUACCAACGGGGAAUGUUAUUCGCCAUAAUCUGACCAGGGCCCACCAGGCAAGCCAUGCACCAAACAAGACGGAGGAAAAAGCGGCCCAGCUAUGGGGUUAGAACUGUGGAACUGUCUCGGGGCAAGAAAGGUUUUGGCUUCACAAUCUCGGGCCAGGCACCAUGCAUCCUCAGCUGCAUUGUUGCUGGCAGCCCAGCUGAGCGUGUGGGUUUGCGGCCAGGUGACUUCCUUGUUGCAGUGAACGGGCACAAUGUGUCGCGGGCACCCCAUGAUGACGUGGUGCGGCGGAUCGGGAGUUCAUCUGGUCCCCUGAAGCUCCAGAUUGCCGAGAAUUAUUACUCUGAUUCCUCCGAUGAGGAAGCAGCCACCCCUGGCCGUACCCACCACACAAGGCCACGGCAUAGACACGUGCCUCGCUUGGCAGCACGGGAUGCCCAUGGGCUCUUCCCUCCAAGCACUAAUCAAGCAGACAGCAACAAGGCAUUGCUGGAGCUUAUCCUGGAGCAAAAGGGGCUGCGGACCUCACUGGUCUUGCGUACAGUUGUGGGCUACCUUGGCACCAUUGAACUACCUCGUGAGGUGGCUGGUUCGCGGCUUCAGGCCAUUCGCAGCUGUGUACGUCGCCUGCGCCUUGAACAGAAAGUGCACACGUUGGUUCAGUUGUCAGUGCUGCGAGAUGGUGUGCUGCUGGCUGACCUGCGGGGUGCAGCCCUGGCACGUUUUCCAGCUGAACGCAUUGCAUUCAGUGCGGCUUAUGCUGAUGAUAGCCGCUUUCUUGGCUUGGUCACCAAGGGAGCAGAUGGUGCCCUCUCAUGCCACGUACUCAUGGUGGACUCGCGGCUGAGACUUCCCCCAGGCGUAUUGCGGGCAGCACCUCUGCACACAUCUGCAGAGCCCAUCUUACGGGCUGUAGCUGCACUCUACCAUCGUGCAGAUGGCCCUAACGCCUCACCUCAGCCCAGCCAGGCAGGCAGCAGCAAUAGCAGCAACAGUGACAGUGGGAUUGGCUUCAGGGAUGAAGGUAACUCGAGUGACCGUGUGCUUGUGGUGGAUGUGGAAAACCAGCCACGCUUCCAAAGCUUCAGCUUGGACCGGCAGGGGGCACUGCCUGCGUGCCCAGACACUGAGCGGUUGCGGGCACGGGCCAUGCCAGAUUCUGUAGGAGUCAGUGGCGAGGCUCCCCUUGCCUUACCAGAUUGGGUAGACAGCAGCCCCCUUGGAGGCUCCUUGCUGGAUGACACGCUCACAGCUGCAGAUCCUUGUCCCGACGGAGAGAGUGUUGAUCUCCAGUCAUCUACCAAGGGAGAAGAUGGCAGUUCGUCAGCUACCCCACGUAGGAAUGAAAGCAGCUGCAGUAGCAACAAGAAUUGGACACGGUCGUCGUCGCUUCGAAGGCAUCAACGGCGAAGUCAUCAUCGACGCAGCACACAUGAGGCAGGCACUGUGUCCGAUGGGGAGGUGACAAGUGAAAAGCUCUCCAUGUCAAGCAGUGUGCAAAGCUUGGAGCAAGCAAGCGAUUCCAGCAGCACAUGUGACCAGCCACGAGGUCGUGUGGGCCGCUGGCUUGCUGGUUUUGAUGAACUUCUGCAUGACCCACUUGGUCUCCUAGUGUUUGCAGAAUUUCUGAAGAAGGAAUUCAGCCAAGAGAACAUCUUCUUCUGGGUGGUGUGUGAGCAAUACAGAAAAAUGCUCGACAGGUGUGAGCGCAAGGUGGCUGCCACUGCCAUCUACCAAAAGCACUUGGGCCCCGGUGCACCUGAACCCGUCAAUGUGGACAGCCGGGCACAGCUCUCCGUGCAGGAAGGUCUAGAAGAGGCAGCACCAGACCUCUUUGUGCCAGCGCAGAAGCAGAUCUUCAACCUGAUGAAGUUUGACUGCUACCAACGUUUUCUCAAGUCGGAACUAUUUAAGCAGUGCAUGCUGCGCGAGGUACAGGGAAAACCUGUCUUUCCUGAAGCUGAGAAGGAAGCUUGGAAGCUUCACAAGGAGGACAAGCGUCGCAGGUCCUUCUUGCCAUGGCACAAAAAUCUGAAGUUGGUGGGUAGCAAAUUGGGUGAAAGAGCUGCCUGGGCUCGAAGGUCUUCCAAGAAGAAAAAGACGCCCAAGGAGAGUACAGCUUCAGACCUCACCAGCAGCCACUCCUCGCUAGCUAGUAGUGAAGCCAGCCUGGGGCUGCUUUGCUCUGCAUCCCGUGAGUCACUGACAGGGGCGCCAGACUCCAAUUGCAUCCUCAGUAGAGUCAUACUGCCAGACGGCUCCUCCACUGUGGUUCGAGUUCACCGUGGCGAGACUGUUGGUGCCAUGCUUAUGCUGCUGCUGCAGAAGCGCUCACUAACUUACUCUGUUGUGGACAUCUUCGUGGCUGGUUCAGACAAGCCUAUAAGUCCAAAUGUUGACGUUACAAUGGUUGGCUGUAAGGAAAUUCAUGUUGAACCACGGGCAGUGUUCUGUGUGAUUCUACCCAACAGCAAGAUGCUUGGUGUGAAGGCAGUUCCCCGCCGUUCAUGUGGAGAAGUGCUACGUCCCGUAUUAGCAAAGUAUAGUGUCCAGUUGGAGCAUGUCAAUCUGCGCAUGUUUCCUGUGCAAGGUGUGACAUUGAAGCCAUUGUCAUCCAGUGCCCUUGUCGCUGACGUUGAUGGUCAACACAUUGUGGUGCAAUUCAAGGAGAAUGGUUCUGAAAACCGUAGUACGCCUACAGUGCGACUUCUGCCUCAUGGAGAGUCUGUGGUUCCUCGAUUUCUGGAUGCCAUUCAUGAUGGAAAAGUACAGUUCGACGACCUUGGUGUGACGGACCUGGACAUCCUGUUUCCCCCUGUGGUGGAACUGCGCCAGUGUGGCAAGAGCCAUGGCAUGUACCUGCCCCCAUCUGCACUGCGGCCAAGCAUCGAAAAGAGCCCUCUUGUAGAGUGCUUGCGGCAGAGGGAGACAAGCCCCCGGGAAAGAGAUGAUGCACGUGACUUAUGGGUGUGCCGGGAACUGGUUCGAAACCUGGAUGCAGCUGCACCAUCUCCUCCACCACCAUUGCCACCCAAGGCAAAGCAGCGAGGACCUCCGCCACGACCCCCUUCUCGACCUCAAGGUGGCUACCUAUCAGAUGACGAGGAGCCAGGUCUAACAGUUAAGCCUUUAGAGCACGGAGAGUUUGUACACAUCCCUACCAAGACUUCCUUAACCAAUCAUGACUGCAACAUUAGUUUCGUCUGAGGUUGUAUGAUUUCUGGGCUGGGUUCAGCUUGUGGUUACGGUGCUGAUGAUAAACUGGUAAAAUUGCGCAUACUUGAUGAACACUAUCAAGUGUGCCAGACUGCUAACGAAUAGGAGGAACACCAUUUGUGUACCUCCUCUUGUAGUUCAUGUAACAUUAUAAACUGAGCGUGCCUUUUAUUAACUCAGACCUGCAUUGUGGUGCCUUGCUGGCAUUUGGCUACAGUGAUGAAAAAUGGCUGAGGGAGCACUUGCUAUAUAGUAGUAAUUUGUGUGCAACAUAUUCUAAACUAUUAUGUGAAUGUUCAUUCAUACACCAUGCUAGCAUUUUGGGCUAGCUUAUAUGAAACUGUGUUCAGCUGCAGUGCAGCUUGAUAACUGUUAUAAAAGUUAAUGGUGAGCUUGCAUGUGGCUGCAAUAACUAGUGCUGCAAAUUUUUUUGUGUUCAGGGCCACUCUAAGGCCCACACAUGCCAGUUUUAAGCUAGUUGGCUACAUGUGUAAGGUAUAUUGCGCAGAGCGCUAGCAUGCUCACACCACUAUAUGUACCGUACUUAAUCUGUUCUAACGUGCACUCUUAUAUUUACUUAUUUUAAGACGACUAAAAUUCACAUGCAUGGUGGUUUGAAAGGAAAAACUCAGGUCAUGGAGCUUUUCUGCUCACUCGAUAGGCAUGUUGAAAAAAAAAAAAACAAGGUGCCUUAUUGAGAAAAACAAAAACUUUGUUUUCUGAAGCGUAGACUGUUGUGCCAGUUGGUGCUUCAUGUAGUGUCGUUGAGUGGAAAUACGGGUGGGAAGAAACGGAGCAUCUGCCUUGUCCACUCCGUUUCUUCCCACCCGUAUUUCCGCUCAACGACACUACUUGUUUUCUAUACAAAAAACUUUGACCAUGUCAUUUGGGUAGCAGUUUAAAACAGUCACUACUUGCUUGCUGCUAUGUUAUGCCUCUUGGAGCCACACCAUUGUGGUCCACAUAUCAAAUUGGUAGAUUUUAAUUACUUUUUUGCAGCUUAGAAAAUUGAUUGGCGAAUGAGUUCCAACACACAGAUUUAUUUUUAUUUUAUUUUUUUCUUCUGGUUACCACAAUGUGCCAUACGAAAGGACCCCGCACUAAGUUUGGCCAUUACAAACAGACAAACAUCCUGCGUAAAUAAUGCAGUGACAGUUGUGUCUGCAAAAUAUUGCACUGGUGUGCACUGCAAAUGCAGCUGAAAAUACGAACAAAAGCUUGCACAUUUCUCAAACAAGCUCCUCAGCUUGCCCACAGAGUAUCAUGUCAAAUCUGUGACAGUCCCAUGUCAUGUGCGAAUAACUGGCAGCAGUAUGAACAACUUGGGGAUUUCUGCAAAAUACGGUGUGUGACAUGAAGCAAGAAAAGAAGCGGGAGAAAAAAAAAUGGUGGCAGGGGUUGUGAAAGUGGCGAUCUUGCAAAAAAAAAAGAAAGGGUUGUGGGCUCUCACAAUGUUGCUUGCAGGAACUGGUAGAAGUAACUAGAGGGAGUCUUGCUGCAAGAAUGGCUGUAGCAUGGCAUGCAAACAUUUCAUUUGCUCCCUGGGUGGCACCUUACAAUUUCCAGCGUAUGACCAAACUUUCCAACGGGGCCUGGCGAGGAGCCCUUUAAGUGAAAAAUGUGCCAUCUUCGCAUGAAUUACACAAACGAAAUGAAUUUGAGCAGUGAAGUGUUGCAUUUCACAAUCAAGGAUUCACAUUUUUUUCUGAACAUGAGAAUUGCUAUUGUGUUACCAUAGAGUUCCGUGUUAGAAUUGAGUAAAUACGGUACCUGUGUCUGCUUUGCCCCGCAAUUUCCAAUAAAAGAGCAUGUGUUGUAGUUUAGCUUUCCUUUUUUCACAGCUGCAGCUGCAAUUUAACUAAAUUUGACUGCUGUGUGCACUUUUGUAUUAAAAAAUAAUGAUUGGACUUGUCAGGACGUGCCCUGUGAGAUCAUGUCAGUCUGGUCUGUCGUAUAGAUUGUGCAUUUUAAUAUGGCCGUCUCUUGGGUGAUGGAAGAGGUGGCUGUAAGUACUGCCAUGUGUAUGCAACAUAUUUGGUCACUCAUUGCCACAGGUGUUCAUGCACCACAUUUUGGUGCCUUUUCUUGCAUCUCCACUGUAACAAAGCACAAUGUUCAUGUUCAUAUAAAAUUAGCACUGAUACUGGUGAAAGUAUGUGUUUGGUGUAAAUGGUAUCUAUUUGUGCCAGCCUGUAGUUAACAUUCCCGUGGAUGAGUUAUCGGUGCACCGGCACAGUGUGCUGUGUAGCUGUAUGAUAUAUGAAGACUGCACUGCAAGUGGGUGUGUAUACUGCUUUUUUUUCAUCUUCAUUUCUUGAAUGCAACAUUUUUUUUAAGUGAUAGUCAAAUUAUUUGUUUUUUACUGUUUGUUCACACUUGGCAUAUGCUGAAGCCACGAAAAUGGGGCUGUACUUUCAUCAUUUUGCUUCUUUAGCUGGGAGUCCCACCCCGUUAACUUUAUUCACGUAUCGAGGAGAAUGUUUCUGCAUCAGGUCUGAAGUAGAAGCAUCCUUCUUUUACGAAAAGAUUUUUCCUCAACCAAAUGUGAUUGUUUAAUGUUCGUACAUACCUAGCGCUUAAUAAAUAUUCUAAUGCCCUGUGCUACUGUACACAGCUAUAUCCUUUGUACUAGUAGGAGAGUGCAUGUUGCCUUUGCCUGUGUCAUACUGGGAACGUUUUAUCUAGUGUAUUAGGAGUAAUACUGUGAGAAACUUCACAAGAAAAUAGAAAUACAUAAUAAGCACUGAACUGGACAGUGCAAAAGCUGUCUGUUGUACGUUGAGGUUUUACAAGUGCUGUUAAACAAGCAUGUAUGCACCCAGGCAUGGUAAAAAAGGCCAAUAUCUUCUGUGCAUACUUCAUAUAAUUGUUUCUUCCAUCUUGGUGCUAAUUUCACUGUUGAAUAAUACUUGAAAAUAUUCUGCAGAUACUCAGCAUUGAGUGCCAAUACUGUUGCUGGUGUCCACAGAGGGAAUGUUGAAACUUGUGUAUACAUCUUGAUAUUUGACGAGAUCAUCCUACUCUGCCAAUUUCUGUGCCUUGUAAGGUUCAAAACAACAUUCGGUGCCAACACAGGAUGCCAGCAAAUCCAAAGUGCAUUUAAUUUGCAUUUAAUGAUGGUGUUUCUAUUUUUGGAUGUAUAUAUAGUCUUGUAUGUAUGAGGGAAAUAUUUUAGUUGCAAUUAAAGAGGAUUUUUUUACAGCUUUCA